UUACCCCAAAGUCUGCAAUCGUGUAUCGCCGCUUCAAUCUCCUCCCGUCCCCUCAUCUCUCCGAUCUACUCCUCGAUGUGACGAGCUCUGCACACCUACUCCAGCACGCCACCUCUUUUCAAGAUUGCCACGGGAAGACUCAUAUUCUCUCCAUCAAUCUCCACACGCCACAGCCCAUGCUUUCUGUAGUCCUCGCCUUAUUCCUCUAUUUUAGGAGAGCCUUCUCUUCUCUGGUGAAACUCGACCACCACCAGCAGAUGAAAUUCCAUUCCGCACCAUCGACUAUUUCCAGACUCAUACUCUCUGUAUCCAGUCUGAAGAAUCAUUGCCGCCAUAGAGAGAGGACUGAGAAGACUGCUUUAAUGCCGAAUAAGGUCGUCGGGAUCGACUGAAGGAAUAUGGGAAGCGAAGAUUCGAUUGGGAUGAGGGGAAGGAGAGCAGGCGACGUUUGGGUUCCAAGUGUUGGGGUCAAGAUGGGAUUGAAGGAGCCGGGCGUGGAUUUGUUAGGGGUCGAGAAGACAGUGGAGGUGCCUGUGCUGUGGACAACGAGUAGUGGAAGAAGGUUGGCUAAGAGUUUUUCUUUUGUGAAGUUUGCACGCAAAAAGACGUUGAAGAUGUAUGAUUUGAGCAUUCUAAAACAGCUCCGCCGGAGUUCAUGACAGUGGGGAAGAAGACUGCUGCAGGGAGUGUGGAUUUCAUGCAGGUUUUGUGUUGGACCGAUCAGCAUUUCUUUAGGACUUCAGAGAGUGCUUAGGAGGUCUGCAAGAUGCUCGAAGAGACUCGGUCCAUUUCCUACUCUGUCAAAAUUCUUGAGGUCUGAAUUUUAGCUGGGAUACUCAAUCGAAGCUUACUGCUCAAGAUCAGAGCAACAGUUUUGCCUGCAUAUGGUAUGGUCUUAGAUACAUAUAUGGACUGUUGAAGAAGAGCAUUGCCAAGGAGGGACAACAUGAUUCCAUGCAGGUGCAGUCACUCGAAUAAACAGUUCAAACUUUGGCACUGCCAUCAAUGUAUUGUUUGACCUUUUAUAUUUUGUCAUUUGUGAAGAAAUUCUGUCACCGAAUACAAGAAGUCCUUCACCCAUAGAAAGCAUUACAAGUUCUAAGAGUCAUACAUUCUGCCUUCUGCGUACUUGACAAUCAAUCGGUUAUACUAUAGUCAUGUGUUGUUGACUAGGGAUUGUGUGUGUAUACCUCUGUGUUUGCUUAACUUACAAACUGGCAUAUUGAAUUUUAUUUAUGUCCCAUUUUUGUCUUACAAGGUGUUGUCGCUUUUUGUUUUUGUUUUUGGGAACACUUAAUACGUUGGUCUUAAGAGGAUGAUGUUGUUCUGUAGGAAACUAUAUGCUUCUUUGGAACAUUAAUCAAGACUUUGUACACUACUUGAUAUCUUGGAAUUCUGUGGGUUGUUUGUGUGAUUCAAAUGGAAGGUUCAGUGAAGCUCUGGAAAGUUUAGUUAAUAAGUUGGGAGAGGAUAUUGUCGCUGAUAAUGUAACAAUAGCUGGUUAUCUUUUUUCUGUAUCAGGUUGUGUUUGAGUAAAGGCGAGACUUUUAGGUUCUGGAUACAACCUCUUUGUGGCAGUAUGAUGGUUGGAUUUCUUUCUGAUCAGAACCUGUGCACAUUUGAGUCUUACAUUACAUGCAAUGUCAGAAGUAGCCUUCUUACUAACGGUGUUACAGCUUUCAUAUCAUACAAUUUCAACAAUUAAAGUAGAAGCACAGGUUCAGACAUUCAUUUCGCUACUGUUGGAGAGAGGAAAGAGAGCUUUAGAUUUUCCUAUCUUAAUUGGUAGUUUUCCUUUUUUACUAGACCAGAUAGUAGUUUCUUGCUUGCUUCGAAGUUCUGGUAUUGCCUUCUCCCAUCACUGAUUCUGCUACUGAUUCUGUUUUUCCCGGUAUGAAUGAAAUGCAAAAGAAAAGGUAGAAGGAAAGAUGAAUAGUUUUGGCGGUCUGGGGUAUGGAACUGAAAGUUGGGAUGGGGUUUUGAUGUGGGUAGAUUUUCUAUUACAGAAUGUAUGCAUGCUUUGAAAGAUAAAGUGCUAGCUGAUGAAGUACUUGAAAUUUAUAAAAUGGCCCACAAUUUCUCCAUUAGCCAAUCUAUCUUUUAUGUCGAAUAUUGGUUGAUCAUUGUGUGUAUUAGUUAUUACUUUAGCAAGGUAUUUCUUGGGCAUAGUUUCAGUAUAGAAUUUCAAAAGCUAAGGAAGCGUUUACAUGCAGUUUAAGUUAACUCUGUAGACGUAUGUUUAGUAGAGAAUCGUUAUGAUUGUAAGUUGUCUUACAUAACAAGAAUGUCUACGUUUUUAAACAAAAAAUACGAUAGUUGAUUCCUAUAUAUAAUUUAUAACUAAUUUCGUUAUUGCAACAUUGCUUUUAAGUAUUACUAAACACUACUAAAUCUCCCGCGGCGUAGCCGUGGGUAUUGAUACUAGU